AUGGAUGAAGAGAACACUGAAGAUGACAAGGCAGCCAGUACAGGUGAGAAGGCAGCCAGUAGAGGCGAGAAGGCAGCCAGUAGAGUUGAGAAGGCAGCCAGUAGAGACGAGAAGGCAGCCAGUACAGGUGAGAAGGCAGCCAGUAGAGGCGAGAAGGCAGCCAGUACAGUCAAGAAGGCAGCCAGUACAGUCAAGAAGGCAGCCAGUACAGGUGAGAAGGCAGCCAGUACAGGUGAGAAGGCAGCCAGUACAGGUGAGAAGGCAACCAGUACAGGUGAGAAGGCAGCCAGUACAGUCAAGAAGGCAGCUAGUACAGUCAAGAAGGCAGCUAGUACAGUCAAGAAGGUAGCCAGUACAGGUGAGAAGGCAGCCAGUACAGGUGAGAAGGCAGCCAGUACAGUCAAGAAGGUAGCCAGUAGAGGUGAGAAGGCAGCCAGUACAGGUGAGAAGGCAGCCAGUACAGGUGAGAAGGUAGCCAGUACAGGUGAGAAGGCAGCCAGUACAGUCAAGAAGGCAGCCAGUACAGUCAAGAAGGCAGCCAGUACAGGUGAGAAGGUAGCCAGUACAGGUGAGAAGGCAGCCAGUACAGUCAAGAAGGCAGCCAGUACAGUCAAGAAGGCAGCCAGUACAGGUGAGAAGGCAACCAGUACAGGUGAGAAGGCAGCCAGUACAGUCAAGAAGGCAGCCAGUACAGGUGAGAAGGCAACCAGUACAGGUGAGAAGGCAGCCAGUACAGUCAAGAAGGUAGCCAGUAGAGGUGAGAAGGCAGCCAGUACAGGUGAGAAGGCAGCCAGUACAGGUGAGAAGGCAGCCAGUACAGGUGAGAAGGUAGCCAGUACAGGUGAGAAGGCAGCCAGUACAGGCGAGAAGGCAGCCAGUAGAGGCGAGAAGGCAGCCAGUAGAGGCGAGAAGGCAGCCAGUACAGGUGAGAAGGCAGCCAGUACAGGUGAGAAGGCAACCAGUACAGGUGAGAAGGCAGCCAGUACAGGUGAGAAGGCAGCCAGUACAGUCAAGAAGGCAGCCAGUACAGGCGAGAAGGCAGCCAGUACAAGCAAAAAGGCAGCCAGUACAGGUGAGAAGGCAGCCAGUACAGGCGAGAAGGCAGCUAGUAGAGGCGAGAAGGCAGCCAGUACAGGCGAGAAGGCAGCUAGUACAGGUGAGAAGGCAGCCAGUACAGGUGAGAAGGCAGCCAGUACAAGCAAGAAGGCAGCCAGUAGAGGCGCGAGAAAGGGCGACAAUGUUAACGUGUAUUUAAACACCCACAUGACAAGAUCUUCACCCAAUAAAACUCAAGUUAACUGGUGUCCCCAAACUGCAGAACACGCCACGGAAGAACACGCCACGGAAGAACACGCCACGGAAGAACACGCCACAGAAGAACACGCCACGGAAGAACACGCCACAGAAGAACACGCCAUGGAAGAACACACCACGGAAGAACACGCCAUGGAAGAACACGCCAGAGAAGAACUCGCCACGGAAGAACACGCCACAGAAGAACACGCCACGGAAGAACACGCCACGGAAGAACACGCCACAGAAGAACACGUCACGGAAGAACACGCCAUGGAAGAACACGCCAGAGAAGAACUCGCCACAGAAGAACACGCCAGAGAAGAACACGCCUCAGAAGAACACGCCACGGAAGAACACGCCACGGAAGAACACGCCACGGAAGAACACGCCAGAGAAGAACACGCCUCGGAAGAACACGCCACGGAAGAACACGCCAUGGAAGAACACGCCACAGAAGAACACGCCAUGGAAGAACACGCUACGGAAGAACACGCCACGGAAGAACACGCUACGGAAGAACACGCCAUGAAAGAACACGCCACGGAAGAACACGCCACGGAAGAACACGCCACGGAAGAACACGCCAUGGAAGAACACGCCAUGAAAAAACACGCCACGGAAGAACACACCACGGAAGAACACACCAUGAAAGAACACACCACGGAAGAACACACCACGGAAGAACACACCAUGAAAGAACACGCCACGGAAGAACACGCCACGGAAGAACACGCCACGGAAGAACACACCACGGAAGAACACACCAUGAAAGAACACGCCACGGAAGAACACGCCAUGAAAGAACACACCACGGAAGAACACACCAUGAAAGAACACACCACGGAAGAACACACCAUGAAAGAACACGCCACGGAAGAACACGCCACGGAAGAACACACCAUGAAAGAACACGCCACGGAAGAACACACAAUGAAAGAACACGCCACGGAAGAACACGCCACGGAAGAACACACCAUGAAAGAACACGCCACGGAAGAACACACCAUGAAAGAACACGCCACGGAAGAACACGCCACGGAAGAACACACCAUGAAAGAACACGCCACGGAAGAACACACCAUGAAAGAACACGCCACGGAAGAACACGCCACGGAAGAACACGCCACGGAAGAACACACCAUGAAAGAACACGCCACGGAAGAACACACCAUGAAAGAACACGCCACGGAAGAACACACCAUGAAAGAACACACCACGGAAGAACACACCACGGAAGAACACACCAUGAAAGAACACGCCACGGAAGAACACGCCACGGAAGAACACGCCACGGAAGAACACACCACGGAAGAACACACCAUGAAAGAACACGCCACGGAAGAACACGCCAUGAAAGAACACACCACGGAAGAACACACCAUGAAAGAACACACCACGGAAGAACACACCAUGAAAGAACACGCCACGGAAGAACACGCCACGGAAGAACACACCAUGAAAGAACACGCCACGGAAGAACACACAAUGAAAGAACACGCCACGGAAGAACACGCCACGGAAGAACACACCAUGAAAGAACACGCCACGGAAGAACACACCAUGAAAGAACACGCCACGGAAGAACACGCCACGGAAGAACACACCAUGAAAGAACACGCCACGGAAGAACACACCAUGAAAGAACACGCCACGGAAGAACACGCCACGGAAGAACACGCCAUGGAAGAACACGCCACGGAAGAAUACGCCACAGAAGAACACGCCACAGAAGAACACGCCACAGAAGAAUACGCCACAGAAGAACACGCCACAGAAGAACACGCCACGGAAGAAUACGCCACAGAAGAACACGCCACAGAAGAACACGCCACAGAAGAAUACGCCACAGAAGAACACGCCACAGAAGAACACGCCACGGAAGAAUACGCCACAGAAGAACACGCCACAGAAGAACACGACACCUCAACCGGCUGUUCUUUAGGUUUACCACUCCGUUAA